CACCACCUCUGCGGAUAACAAAACAUGGUACACCGACGAGGACUCAACCUUCGCGCCUUUAACAGCCAACAAAGAUGCCACGAAAGUAGCCCACGUCACCAAUGAGGAUCCAUCCUAUUCAGGCAAACCCCCUUGUAGCGGAGCUCGCAUUUUCCAUUCACCUUUCACUUAUUCCUUCCCCAUCUCGCCCGGCCCUAAAAUCGUGCGCCUUUACUUCUACACUUCAGCCACCUACGACAAUACCUCCGUUGAUAACUUCUUUCUAACUCUAAAGGCCGACGGAGGCAAUGGUUCCUUCACCCUUUUAGGUAACUAUAGCGCUUAUCUUCACCAGCAAUUCUUCAAGAACUCUUUUCCUGAUCCUGUUAUUGGGAAAGAGUUCCUUGUUAUGGCUACGUCCUCGCGGCUCAAACUUACCUUUUCACCCACAUUGACGGGUUCUUUGGCCUUUGUCAAUGGCAUUGAGAUUGCCGCGGUGCCAGACAACCUCUACGAUUAUUUCAACCCCCAAUCUUCUGAUGAAACAUUGUCUUCCAACAGGUUCAUCCUCGAGCAACAUCAGGGUUGGGAAUGCGCAAGUUCGCUGCAAUAAUUGUGGGAAAAAAACUCUAAUUAAGAUAGUGAGAAAAGGCCCUAAUUUUGGGAUGAAGUUCUAUGGUUGUCCUAUGUGGCCAGACACUCAGUGCGAUUUUUUCAAAUGGGUAAAUGAGCACACUGAUGUUGAAGAGUACCAGUUCAAGUUGUUGGAAAAGGAUACUAUCAUAUGUGAAUUAGAGGUUGAACAAAAUUUCAGAGAUGAAAAAAUAAAGAAAUUGCAGUUGAAGAAAGCUAAGUUGGAGGAAGAAUUGAAAGAAAUGAAGAAAGAAGUCAUUGAAAUGAGGAUUGAGUUAGAGAAAUUGAGUAGGACUGGAAAAACUUUGUUUUUGGCAAUGUUUGUUUCUUUGAUGUUGUUUGUUGUUGUUUUUUUUUUUAAAUAGUUUGACUCAUAACUAGGGGCUGUAAUGGAUGUGUUAUGGAUAAGCUAUAUUGAAUAAUGUAUGGAAUUUGGUUAGUUUUUGUUUACAAUUUGCACACCUGUUUUGACAGCACUUGUAUAAUCUUUGAUGAUAGCAAAUUUUGCAAAAAAUGACAUAAAAAAUAGGCAUAAAAAAUGACAU